CUGCAGCAGACGAGAAACCAUGGAGCGCAACAAGACACGCUGGAGAGACUCACCAAGCCGACGAGAGAAGUAUCAGAGUCAGAUUUGUUUGUGAGUCAGAGAGUUAACCACAGCGGGCAGAUUCUGACUUUGCAGCCAGUGGACCCCGUGUUUCCCAGAGGGCGCGUAAACUGAUUUUGGAGAGGUCGGGGGAAGAGAAUCAUCUGACAGGGAGCGGUUUUUUUGGAGCGGCCAGACGCAGCCAAACAAACCAGGAGGAGAAGACGAUUAAAAGCGCAUUAAGGAGAAACUGAUAGGCCGUGUAUCGACAUGCACGUGUUGUUUCUAUUUUUCCACAGAUAUAAAAACAUUUCGCCUUCUGCUGGGGACGUGUUGCUGAAGUGCGCUGCGUAAAAAUAUCCGACUGCUUUCAUGUCUCAUGACAUUACCAGGGACAACUACUUUUCUUCAAAGAAACUGUGAGCGAACCUCUUAUUUUGUAACAAAGGUGGCACGGGGCUGAAGCUGAAAACGACUCCCUGAACAGUUACGAACCAUGGUGAAGUUUCAUAACUCGGACCUAUGGAUAGCCUGGAUGAUAAUUUUUUGCAUGGAGGGUUCAAGAUUUGAUCUACACACGGGAAAAGUGUGUGUGCGAGCAUUGGAUGUGACAGUGUCCCAGAGCAGCAUCCAGGUGGCGCGCGGCCAGGCAGCCAUUCUGCCCUGCUCCUUCACCACCAGUGCUGCCCUCAACAACCUCAACAUCAUUUGGAUGGUCAUACCGCUAUCUAACGCCAAUCAGCCAGAGCAGCCAAAGCAGGUGAUCAUUUACCAGGGCGGCCAGGUUUUCAGCCUAGCCAACCACCUCAAUGGCCGUGUGGGCUUCGUGGCCACCAUGCCAAGCACAAGUGCCUCCAUCUUCAUCAACAACACCCAGCUGUCAGACACGGGGACCUACCAGUGCCUGGUCAACAACCUCCCUGACAGAGGGGGGCGCAACAUCGGCGUCAUUGGGCUCACUGUGUUGGUCCCUCCGUCGGUGCCGGCGUGUCGAAUCCAGGGCACGCUGGAUGUGGGCAGCGACAUCAUGCUGAUGUGCAGCUCAGAGGAAGGCAUCCCCACGCCGUCCUACUCCUGGGAGAAGCUGGACGCGCUGCCCAAGCUGCCGCACAACGCCAUGCAAGACCAGAUGCAGGGCACUGUAACACUGAGGAAUAUCAGCACCAGCACCUCAGGACUCUACCAGUGUACGUCCAGCAACGCUAUUGGCAAGAGCACUUGUCUGCUGAACCUGCAGGUUGUAGCACCCCAGCCUCAGAGUGUGGGUCUGAUAGCAGGGACGAUUGCCACAGGAGUCCUGGCUGUCAUCAUCUGCUCCCUGCUCGUGGUGGUCACGCUCUUCUACUGGAAGAAUAAGAACAAGUACGACGAGGAGGAAAUACCCAAUGAGAUCAGAGAAGAUGACCUUCCUCCAAAGAGGUCAUCUUCAGUGAAGGCGUUCCACGCAGACGCCUCGUCCUCAGAAAACGACACCCUGACGUCAACCAACACCUACAACAGCCGCUACUGGCACAACCCCAAACCCAACUACGACACCAACUCUUACACACGCUACAAUGGAGACACGCGCCAGACCUUCUCCACCAUUGCCCACACCGCACACGGACAUGGACAUGCCCAGAACGCGGCACACGGACAUAAUUCGGUGGUCACGGCGCCAUCUACAGCCCCCCUGUCCCGCCACGUGCAGCCUACGGCGGCAACGACGUCGUCCUUUGCCAAUGGCAGCCAUACCCUCCCGCCACCCAAGACCCUGGUGGUCACCACAAACUCUGCCCCGUCCCCGCCCACGAUGGUGCGCAGCAACGGCUCAGUGAGCCUCAAGCCAGCCGCCACGUCGACACACGGCCAGCACACGCACUCCUACGCUGUGAGCCAGGCCACGCUGGAGCGGAUGGGAGCAGUGCCCGUUAUGGUGCCUGCUCAGAGCAGAGCGGGCUCACUGGUCUGACACUUUAACUUGUUGAACCUUCUGAACUGUGACUUUGGAAGGUGAGACUAAAUAAGUGAGUGGAUGCUGUGGUGUUGGAGAUCCGUCAACAAAAAACUUAUCCGGUUUGUGAGACCGUCUGGGCUGCAGGAGCCUGAUUCCCUUUACAACUGUGUCUUUCUGUUUUCUGUCUUUCUCUCAAUCUUUUUAUCUCACAAUAAACCAGAAUUUUACAGCACAGAGUUCAUCUAAUGCCAACUCCUUGAUGAUGGGACCCUCUGUUUUGUAAACAAGCAGCACCCGGUGUUAAAAUCAACCCCAGUCGAAUGGCAUUGCUGGCUGGUGUGGUCUUCAUCACUGCAAUUCUGUUUCAGCUAGCGAGAUAAAAAACUUUAUUUUUUGUGAUUUUGCAAAGCUGAACAGAAAUUUUCCCAGAGAACCUGGAUUCCUGGAUUAGUUUCAGCACCAGAUCAUUGUGAUGGUUGUGUGUUUUUGCACUCUCAGUGACAAAAACACAUUUUCAUCCCAGCGUGUGCAUAAUGCAUGGUCAGACGAAAGCGAGUGCAGAUUCCCACAUAAACACAAAGAAAUAUGCAUGUGUACUUUGUUUGAGGAUAACAGAUUUCAUUCAAUUUAAUAUCAUUUUCUCUUCUCAUAGUUAUUAUUUUGAUUAUGACAACAAUGAUGGUGACGAUGAAUUUAAAAUGUGAAUGUGAUGAUGUCUGAUGCGACCUAAAUGAAGAAUUGACGGUUGAAAUGGCCUUAGGAGCUUAGUGGGAGAGAAUGACGGGAUUUAGGGGGUCCAAUACAGUGGUGCUCGCGUUCUGGUUUUAUAUCUCACCGUACACUUUAAUUCACUGAACACUUUUAUUUAGUUUUUGCACUUUCAGGAGCAAUUUUUAUAUCAAAACUGCUGUCUUACAAGUAAUAGCUCAGUCUUGCUAAUGAAAUGCUUUACCCGUAUGGAAAUAAAUUGAAAUCUCUCUGCACAUAUUAGAGAACAGGAAGAAAUACUGAAGACAGCUGGAAGACAGGUAUAUAUAAAAUCCGGUUCAUCUCACAUCAGUGCUGCUUUGGAAAGACAUAAAACGGGGGAUGUCUUAUUUCAUAAAUGCUUUUUAAAGAGAAAUUAUAUAUUUAAAUGUGAUUUUUCCCUUGAAAAAUGACUAACAACUACUGUUUUCUAUUGUACAUAUUGUAACUACUACACUAGACUAGGCUGUAAAUCAAAGAAAAUACUUAACAUGUCUCAUUGAUGCAUAUUUUACAACUCAUGUGUCUUAAUUUUCAAAAAGGUCCUUUUUUUGUCACAGUAGACACCAACUUGGGUUUGGUAGACUGGUCAGUUGGUUUUAAGGAAGAGCGAUUUCUUUCUUUCUUUUUUUUAGUUAUUAUAUUUUCAUUUAAUAAUAAUUUCUCAUUUCAUUGCACAAUCUGAGGUAAAAUGUCGAAACACUGAUGGCCAUUUAUUUUGUCACAACAGAAAACACCUAUGCUGUAUGUGGUAGUAAGUACCACUCUAUAUCUGACCUGCUGUAUUUAUCUUUUAACCAAAUCUGACUACUGGAAAAAACUAUUGUGUACUGUUAACAGUAUUCUCAAAUUUAGCCAGUCCUCAUUUCUUAAUGGGCGUGUACUGAGUGCACCGCACCAAUAAUUAUCUUCCAGCUUAAUGCAAUAUUUGAAAAAGCAAUUCUUUGUGUGCUAUAUGCAGUGCAGUAUUAGAAAAUAUUUUUUUCUUUUAGACUGUUUUUCACUAGGAAUAACUGAUGGGGUUUUAAUGAAUUUUGCAAUAGCCAUUCUGUAUUUGUUAAAGUCUUACUACAUGAGUUAAUGCUGACAAAUGUGUGCGCUAACAUUAUAUUAAAUGUCCUCCUACAUUAAGAAAUAUAAUUGCAUUACUUUUUGGUCAAAGCCAUUAUCAUUGCAAUUAUCUCCUCUAGCUGACUUCAUUGACUACAGUGGUACUUCUCUAUGUGUGGAUUAUUAAACGACUUCUCUGAUGUUCAUGACAUUUACCAUUAAGAGACAGAUGCACUCAAAUAAGCAGUGUCAUUAAAAUUAAUUGAAUGAGAAGAUAAUAAAUUACUGGAUGGGUUGGCAUUUAAUUUAGAGUACUGUGGUAUUAAUUCAUAAUUGUAGACUGAUUGAGGAAAGCAAUAUGAAUAACAAAUAGAAAGGCUUUGUAAUCCCAAUGAAUAUUCAGAUCAUAGGAGCAAUAAUUAGCAGCCAAGGAGAUGUACAUUUUUUUUCCAAAUUAUUGAUGAUGUUUAUAGAUGGAGUUUGAAAUAUUAGACCUGAUGUGUACCAGUUCCAUCGCAUUUUGUUAUCCAAAGAUGUAGGAAUAUAGAAUACAGUAUGCAGACCUGGGUCAAACAGUAGUAACAGAGUUUUUGCUUAUUUCUGCCCAGAAGUCUUGAUGGACACGGUUUGCUUAUUUUUUAGUGUUGCAUCACAUUUGUAGGUAUGGACGUCUACGUUUUGACUUUUGACCCAGAUCCAAACACAGCUCACACACAUUAUAAAGUAUUAUAAAGCUGCUGAGAGAUUGUGGCUUCUUUUGUAAGGUUGUAAUGAGCUCUAUCUUUGUUGGAAAAUGUUGCGCUUAUGAGUUUGUCCAAAUGAUUAAUUAAUAUUUUGUUUGUGGGUUUCUUCGUUUGUUUUUUUUUUUUUUCCAGCAACAGCCUGUCUGCUGCACUGCAGAGCUACCCGUGUGUCUGUUUGUUGCACACAGCAGGCACACCCACACACACACACACACACACACACACACACUAUAGUUCAUUACAGAGAAGCAGACUGAGGUCAAACGAUCAGAGAUCAGUUGACCUUCAACCCUGACCACAAAAACUCAGACACACAUCCCAUUGUCUCCCCUCCAUUCUCUCUGAAAUCACAUUGAGAGCAAAGUUGUUCUGUCUCAGUAGUUUCCUCUGAAUCGCUCUCACCAUCCCUCCUGCUGUCCCUGCCCUGAACAUUGGCUGAUAAGGUUAGAGACGAGCUGUUUUUCCUUUGAGGUCUUUAUUCUUCCCUGGGAGAACAGCAGGCAGAUAGAAAGUUAAGUCCUACGAUUUCUUCAGUGUUUCUCUGCCCUGCAGAUGUAAGAGCCGGGGUGGAGAGAGAGCACAGUGUCGUACUGGAAACUACUGAGAUUUUAGCCUGGAGUGAAUAAACCUUACAUCAUCUACUCAGGCCACAGGUUAGGAUAUGUGAGUUAUGUAUAUGGAUAAAUAAUGAGAUAAUGUGGUAUAUUGCCAAUAGUAAAGCCAAUCUGUAAAUAUGUAAAAUAUAUAUCUUGUUCUUACUGUUGGGUUGAAAUGAUGAAAUCUGAAAAAAUAACACUGGAAGUUGUAGUGAAUAAAUAUUGUUAAUACAUUCUA